AUGCUCGUCGAGAAGAAGGUCCGCGUGGCCAUCUACAAGUUCCUCUUCCGCGAGGGCGUGUGCACUGCGGAGAAGGACUUCAACACCACGCACCCCGAGAUCACGGUGGGCGAGGGAGAGAACGCCCGGGCCGUGCGGAACCUGCACGUCAUCAAGCUCAUGCAGUCGCUCCGCUCGCGCGAGCUGGUCAAGGAGCAGUACGCCUGGAGGCACUACUACUGGUUCCUGACGGACGCCGGCAUCGCCUACAUGCGCGAGUACCUCAACAUCCCUGAGGAGGUCAUCCCGAACACUCUCGUCAAGGUGAACCGCCCCAUGGAGCGCCGCGCCAUGGACGACCGUGGCCCGCGCGGCGACGGCCCCCGCGGCCCCCGCGGCGGCGACCGCGACGGGUACCGUGCCCGGGGCCCGGGCGGCCCGGGCGGCCCGCCCAAGGACUCCGCCCCCGCGGGCUUCGCGCCGUCGUACGGCCAGUAG